AUGGUGCCUUCCUUGGCGAUGCUGAGGAACAAACCGAGUCUCAAGUUGACGCUUGAACAGGUCAGUCCAAGCUUUGUACCCUUCCACUACCUCGUGCAAACGCAUAUCGUUCGCGGUGGGCACUGAGUCGGGGUUAACUCCCGCGUGGUCGUCCGAGGGAGCGUGUGAGCGAGCGAGCGUUGCGGAGCACCACUUGCCGCAUCAGGUCGGCGAACGGAUUUACGGAGCCGCAAGGCAUGCCGGACCGAGGGGAUAUCAUUGCUGAUCUCUGCUCGGCACUACGACGCAUUCUCGCUGUUUUAGGAGAUGCUCUUCGUUCGGCCGCCAACAUGUCCGAGCGCGCCACCGAGCGAUGACCCUUUCCUCCGCGGCACCGUGCUCCUAUCGCUCCCCAAGCCUCGUCUUUGCAAGCGCCUGCGAGUCGUCAUCGAAGGACUCGCCGAUGCGUUCGGUGGUCUUGGAUUUCCUUACGAGUCGACGACGACGCUGAGGAAGGAGGUGGUGCUGGAUCUCAAGGAGAAUGGGAUGCUUGAAGCCGGCGACCAUUUGAUGCGGUUCGAGAUGCUCGUGCCGAGCUCGACCGCGGUAUUUCAACGGUGCAGUCAUGGGAGGGUCAGGCAUAGUGGUACGUAUGAAGCUCGGUCUCAAACCAAGGGUAUCAAAGUGUGCUGACCUCACCAUUUUCCCGACACUUUGCCUCAGUUCGCGCCUUUCUCGACUUUCCCACACCCAUCCCUACGUCGAUAUCGACUCCUCCGACCGCAUUUUGGAUAUCCGCGACCCUCAAAGAUCCGGGGGAACCGCCCGACCCGCUUGAUGCAUUUUUAUCGCACUUCAACGAGCAUCUUGGACCCGUUGUACUACGUAUCGCCUCCCCCCACCUCACGAUAUCAUCUUUGAUCCACACCCACGUCGAGUUUCUUGCCCCUCCCCUCAGCUGUACCGUCGUCGCCAUCGCAAGCUUCAUGGCGCAAACCUUUGAAGUGACGUACAAGGAUGGCCAACGCGCUUGUCCGCCUACCCGUCGACACUUUUUACCCAAGGUCGAUCCGACACGAGCUCAUGCGACCCCGUUGAUCCCUACGCCUUCCCGUCCUGUGCCCAUCUCGACAACGGGCCCGGCAGGCUACAGCCCUUUGGCACCCGUCGAUCCGAUCCGGGAAGACCCCGUCCCGCUGCACAUUCUAGAGCAAGAGCAUCCUUGGACGUACGAGAUGGUCGCUCGCGUACCUCGCGACGAGAUCAUACGACCGACGACGCUAGAAGGUACGCUGACGCCGAUCAAGGUCAAGCAUCGCUUCAUCUUGGAGAUCCGGUAUCGUGUCGAGGGGGAAGACGAGGAUCGGCUGUUGACGGUCGGUCGGAAUUGUUGUAUCGCUUCGGUGAGUUCAAACUAUCUUGACUAUCAAUGACUGCGACUGACUGCAACUUCUACCAUCAGUGCUGCUGUCUCUCUGAUUCGGCCCUCCCGCCCUACGCCGCCUCUGCUGCCGACGCAGCCCCCGUUCUACAACCCACCCGAAACCGCUGCCUGUGCAACGUCUCUCUCGAGCAGAUGUUCGACUCCGAGGGCCUUCCCCUACAACGCGUCGGCACUCUUUCUAUUCGGAGACCCUCGCUGCGCGAGAUCGAUGAGGAUGACCACGCCAGGUCUUGCACGAUCGCCGAGUAUGGCAUCUUGGAGAGGUCCGACCGCGACACCAAAUCGGCUCCGGCUCAUUUGGGGAUCAUGGAAGGGAGGGCUUGA